GCUAGUCUGGUAUCGCUUGGCUCAUUUCACUGUCAAAGACCUGGGUUAUUUACAGUAUUCAUACAUGUUAUUUGUGUUGGUAUUGGUUUCACAACUCAGCCACGCGUUUUUAUAAGCAGUGUAGGAGCCCUCGCUGUAGUACCAUGUGGUAGUGUCCUAGCAGGGACGGCCAAAUAUUUGACAAACUAGCCAUCGUUGGCUAGCGAGCUAGCUUCAAAUUAUACUUUGGAUAAUUAUAAAUUAGCAGACCUCACCCGGUACAGUAUAUGCUGAGGCUUUAAAUUCUACCACACACAAGAUGUCAACGCCAGCUAGAAGACGUUUGAUGAGAGAUUUUAAACGGCUGCAAGAGGAUCCUCCAGCUGGUGUCAGUGGUGCCCCAUCUGAAAACAACAUUAUGGUUUGGAAUGCAGUCAUUUUUGGUCCAGAGGGAACACCUUUUGAAGAUGGUACCUUCAAACUCACCAUUGAAUUUACAGAGGAAUAUCCAAAUAAACCCCCAACAGUGCGAUUUGUCUCCAAAAUGUUUCACCCAAAUGUGUAUGCUGAUGGCAGCAUAUGCUUAGAUAUACUUCAGAACCGCUGGAGUCCAACAUAUGAUGUCUCUUCAAUCUUAACAUCAAUACAGUCAUUACUGGAUGAACCAAACCCCAACAGUCCAGCUAACAGUCAAGCGGCCCAGCUGUACCAGGAAAACAAACGGGAGUAUGAGAAGAGGGUUUCUGCUAUUGUUGAACAGAGUUGGCGUGACUGUUGACCCCUGUUAUCAUUCACAUAUGACCACCAGUGUCUAGUCCACAACCAAGAAAAAACAAUUACACAAUCAUAAAAUGACAUAUUGCAACAUUCUUCUAAGUACAGUAUAAUAUACUUCUCCCAUAAAUGUUUAAAGUUUGUAUGCUGUUGUGUUGUGGCAUUUGAUCCUGACAGAUGCUGUUGUCUGGCAAUAGCGUGUUUGUUAAAAGUUAAUGUACCUUGUUAUAUCUGGGUUACUUGCCAUAUGCCCCAAGUGUUUUGUUUAUUAGACUGUGUCUGACAGUUUUUGAUAGAGAGACAGUUUGAAAUAUUUUCUGUGUGGUUUGAAUUCAGCACAGUUAAAAUUCAUAGGGGUUGUAAUCAUUUUUUUGUUUUAACAGCCUUAAGAGAGGGAUCUUUAAAUAUUAAACUAUUUUUGAUUAUUUAUUCCCUUUACAGCUUCACAAAUGCCUUUGGUGUGUUUUCUUCAUGCCUUCUUUUAAAUCUCUUUCAGAUACUGGUCAAUACAAUGGUCCUUAAUUUACACACAUCUUAGAUCAUUUCUAAAUAGCUAAAGGUGUUGCACUUUCAAAAGUCCAAAGUGUAGCGCUUGUGUGAGGAUAUUUCUACUCUAUUUUACACUAUCAGCCACUCAGUAUACAGUUUGAAAGAUGUUGUCUUUUCAGAACAUACAACUUUGCACUGGUAACCCAUGUAACAAACUGUACAUUUUCUUGUAAAUAAAAUAAAUAUAAACCA